ACCUGUACCUCUUUGCUGGUACCUCGUCCAAUCUCACCUUGUUGAUGAGCGUCGGAAGGUAAUGACGAUACAGAGCCGCGGCGCAUGAUCAGGCAGACGAACGAAUGGUGCAGGAAAACAACCUUCGAGCCUCACUAGUGACACUACACGCUCAAAGGCAUCGUCCAUAGGCCGCAAUGUGAGAAGAAUUUUGAAGGUUGUCGCGAAAAAUAAGCAGAAACAUACAAAAAUUCAGCGAAAAUGACAAGAUCCCGGAGCCUCUCGACGACUAUUUUCCUUGUCCAAGCGCCUCGAUGCACAGUUUCGUUUGACGAGAGCUCAUUACCCAAAAAGCCGCAAUUGGCCCCCUUCCCCCGCCCUUUACCAAGGAAGCAGCUUAAGAAAAGCAAACGAACAGGGAGACUAUGUCUUUCUAAGUUGGUGUGUUUUUCGCGUGGUGGUCAAGAUGAUGUCUUGAAGAUCGAUUUCAGCUCUCCGUCCGUACUCAACAUGAAUAUGGACUAAGAGAAGAAGGCAACACGUUUGAAAAAACAAACGGAACGUUAGAAAUGAUGGCGACGUAGCACGGAGUUAGAAGGAUGGUUCCCCGGAAUGAAGAAUUGAAGACAAGAGAAGAAGAAGCAACAAAGAACAAGUGAAAAACAAGAUACCAAGUAAUAACAACAACAAGAAGACAAGAAGACUGGCACCCAUGCUACACGAUUCGGAAGCAUCGACGGCGUGGCUGCGCAUGGCCGACCCUGUGAACUGGAAUGACUGGAAGUUGGCGCUGGACAAGCCGAGCUUGCUGAGCGCUGGCACCGUCAAGACGGUGGAGCUCGUGGAAAAGGCCGAUGACGGCAAGCUGGCUCACGACGUGGACGACCUGUCGGCGAUCUUCGAGGGCCUCGUGGAUGGAGCGGAUAUCUCUCUCCCCUGCGACGAUCUUGAGGAGACCGCUACUGGCAGUAAGGACUCAAGUGCAGCCUGGAUUGACAGCCUGGAUGAUGACGUGGUAAACGUGAACGAUCUCUCUGCUGCGUUUGACGCGCUGGUGGAGGAGCAGGAGAAGACGGUGACGGCACCGGCGGACGACGAGGAUGAGGAGAUGGAGGAUGCUGACAGCGACAAUGAAGUUAGUGCCAACGUUAAGAUCAUCCCGUCGGCCCCCGUGUGGGCCAACAUGGUCCCGCUCGACCCGCGAUCCUGCAUCCGUACACCGGUGUUUAAGAACCUGGACUCGCGUAUUCCGCGCGUUCAGAUGCCGCGGAUAGAUUUGACAUUCUCUCCCAACGGUGCGACUGUGAAGGCUGCUGGUGCCCCUGGCGUCAGCCGCGCUAAGCAGUCGAUGUCUCCGAAGAGCGAGAAGACCAAGGUCGCCAAGUACCACCAUGAUCCCAAGACGUGCUGGAUCUGCAAGAGCUCCAAGACCCCGGAGAAGAAGCGCGCGCUGCACCGCUACCAUGAGAAGCGGACGCGCCGCAACUGGAAACGGGGUCCUCGGUACACUGGACGCAGCAACGUCGCGACGUCGCGUGUGCGCAACGGCGGUCGGUUCAUCUGCACGACGCGCUGGAUAUGAUUUUCUUCUUGAGGCCUGCGGGCUUGUUUGAUUUGGUUUGAUUUCUUAGCUUUUCUUUUUACCUGGAGCUUCUCUCCACGCAGUUUUUCUUUCAGUUGGUUUUACCUUUCCUUUAUAAUGCAAGUAAUGCAUUGGCAUCAUUUUCGAGACAACGGCAAGGG